AUGAUCUAUGAAGGCAAAUAAUCUAUUUUCAGCCAUUAAGAUUAGUAUGCUCUAAUUAGAAUGGUUAAUUCUGAAGAUGAUGCAACUACAAAGAAACAUGAAGAAGGUAAGACUACAUUUACACUGAAAAUGGCAAAGUACUUAUCAACUUCUGGAAUUGGAGAUUAUUUAGAUGGAAUUAAUGUGCUCUUGAGUUUUCUUUUAACAGUUUUGCAUCUAAUUGAUUGUUCAUUUUGGGUUUAAGGUGGAAAUUAAGAUGUUGGAGAAGGAUAAGCAAUCAUUACAGUAAUUCAAAUCAUAUAAUAAGUUUUUAGAUUCCAGAAUUGAUCUGUUAUAUCUAUUUCCUUCUUGAUUUUGUAAUUAAUUUCUACCUUUCAGAAAAUAAAUUGUUUUUUACAUUUCAAACAACAUCUUUAAUUGAAUACGUUUCAAUAUUUCCAUCAUUGCUUGCUAGAUUAAAUAUAAUAACUGGAUACAAAUAUAUAUAUAUGUUGAGAGUAUUACGUUUCUUAUUAUGUUAUAAAUUAGAUAAAGUAUUAUAGAGACUGUCAAUGGAAGGUAUUUAAUUGGUUUAAUUUAGAGUAUUUAGGUUAGCAUACAAACCAAUUGUAACUGUCAUGGCAAUAAUAAUGAUCAAUUCUUCAGUCCUUUAUGUUGUUGAACAAGAUUAUUCAAUUGUAGAAUAUAUCUAUUUUAUGGUCGUAACAAUAUCAACAGUUGGAUUUGGUGAUGUAUAUCCAACAACAAUCUAUGGAAGAUUUUCGAUUAUUGUUGCUAUUUUGAUAAUGUUUCUAGUUUUGCCAACAUAAGUUGAAAUGUUAACUAGAGUAUACAGUUUAAGAAGUUAAUAUGCAAGAAAUAAAUACAUUUCAAAAAAAGAAUCAGAACAUGUUUUAUUGUUAGGAUCAUCUUAAGUUGAAGGAUUUAAAACAUUUUUAAAUGAACUUUAUCAUAGUGAUCAUGGAAUGAAUGAUACAAAUACUGUUAUACUUUAACCUUGUGCACCUACUGAAGAAAUGACUCUUCAAUUAAAAUAACCAGCAUUAUAAUCAAAAGUAAUUUAUUUAGAGGGACAUCCAUUAUAAAAUAAAGAUCUAGAAAGAUGUAGUUCAAAAGAUUGUAAUUGUGUAAUUGUUUUAGCCAAUAAAACAAGUAGAACACCAAAAAGAGAUGAUUAUCGUAAUAUCAUUCAUGCAUUUGCUGUGAAAUAAUUUGCAAAGAAAUAGAAAUCCAGAAAAGGUGCAAGAGUAUGUUUAUAAGUACUUCAACCUUCUAGUAAAGAUUUAUAUUUCAAUUCUCUUGGUGGUCAUGAAACUGAUUAAGUUAUUUGUGUUGAUGAACUUAAACUUUAUCUUUUAGGUAAAACAUGUUUAUGUCCUGGUAUUAAUACACUUAUAUCAUUUCUAAUUUAAUCAUCUAAACCAUCAUAUGAUAUUACAAAAUAUGAUAAAAAUAAAGGAGAAUGGAUAGAUGAUUAUUUAUGUGGAAUGUAAAAUGAAAUCUAUAGAGUUCCAUUAGAAUCUGUAGCAUUUGUUGGUCUAACAUUUAGUUAAGUAAUUUUUGAUUAUAAUAAAAUAGAUUUCAUCAGCAAUAUAUAAAGAAUUAAAUAUUAUUUUAUUUGCUCUUGAAGUAGAAUUAGAAUCUGGUACCAGUGUAUUUGUUAAUCCAGUUGAAUAUCUAUUUGAAGAUUAUUUACAUUAUGGUUAUGUAAUUGCUAAUGAAAUGCCUAAUAUUGAUGAAAUUUAAUAGACAAAAUUCCCUGAAUAUAUUUAAAAGAAUUAUUGCUUUCCCAAUUAAUAAAGAUAACAAAUUAAUAAAAAUGCACUAUAAUAAGAAGCUGAAUACUUAAAGGAAAUACUAAGUGAAGGUAUUAAAGAUGAUUCAUCUAAACAUCCUGCCUAUUAUCAAGUCAAACCUUAAACUAUAACAACAGGACUCCCUAAAGUUGGAGACCAAGAAAAAUUUGAAAAUCAUUUUAUUGUAUGUGGAGUUGUUACUGAUAUGAAAUAUCUUAUGAUGCCACUAAGAGCUAGAUCCUUAAAAAAUAUUUAACCAAUUGUAAUAUUGAAUUAAGAUUUAAUACCAACUGAAAUACAACUACAAAUUAAUAAAUUUCCUAAAGUAUAUUUUUAAUAAGGAUCUCCACUUAACACUGAAGAUUUAAAAAAAGCUUGUAUUUAAAAGGCUUCAGCUUUAGUGAUCUUAUAAAAAUCUGCUGAUUAAGAGGAAGGCUUAUCUAAUAUUGUUGAUGCUGAUACAAUCUUUAUUUAUAAGACAGUAAAAUUAUUAAACUAAAAUAUCAAUAUAAUAACUGAAUUGGCUUCCAUUUCAACUAUUUCUUUUUUAUAGAUAUCUAGAAAUAAUUAUGUUUAAAAAUAUGAUUGGUCUGUAAGUGAACCAUUUGCUUCAGGAGAAAUUUAUAUAUCCACUAUGCUUGAUACAUUAAUAUGUUAAGCUUAUUAUAAUCCAUUUAUCACAAGUAUUUUUGAUUAAAUGAUUUUAGGAAGUGCUUCAGUUAAUAAAAAAGUAAUUAAAUAUUUAUAUAUAUAUUUUAGCAUAAAAAAUUAUAUUAAGCAACCAAAUUACAGUAAAGCAAUUUAUUUCUAAUUAAUAUUCCUCCAAAAUAUUAAGAGAAAACAUUUGGAGAACUUUUUGAAAUUUUACUUACUGAAUAAAAAAUGAUACCAAUUGGUCUUUACAGAGGUGAAAAAGUUAAAAAUAACAAUAAACCUUAUGUUUUUCUUAAACCUCCUAUGGAUGUUGUUGUAUCUAGUAAGGAUAGAUUGUAUGUCUUGAGUGGAAAAUAGCCUAAAGAGCAAGAAAACAUACUUGAUAAUGAAAAGAAUUAAGGAAAAGAAACUGCAUCCUAAUAUUACAAUAUCAAAUCUAAACUAUAGGGAGAGGAAGGAAGAGUUGAUAUUGAAUUUUCAAGAGAAUUAAUGAAAUUUAAAGAUAAAAUGUAAAGUUUUGUAAAAGGUUUAAAUAAAAUAAAUAGUGAAGUAUUUAAUUAAGGAUUGAUUCAUGAAGGUAUUAUUAAUAUAUUUAUAAAAUUAGAAUUCAUUUCAAAAGUAAGAGGAACGUUAAAAGAAGAAUUAGCCAAUCUAAAUCCAGCAACUUGA